UCUAGAGGGAGACAUGGCGACGUCCCUGAUCUGCGGCCGUUUGACGGCCAGCCUGAGAAAUUCAGGGGCCAGGAACACGAUCAGCUCCGCUUCUAAGGUCCUCGGUGGGUCUUCAGGUCUGUUUGGAGGCCAUGCGUCCCAGCUGCAGCCCCCUCACCUGCAGCAGCAGCAGAGGAACCUCUCCCUACACGAGUACAUGAGCAUCGGGCUGCUGAAAGAGGCCGGCAUCUCCGUGCCCGCCGGCAUGGUGGCCAGCUCCUCGGACGAGGCGUACGCCGUGGCCAAGCAGAUCGGCUCAAAGGACCUGGUGGUGAAAGCUCAGGUCCUGGCCGGGGGCAGAGGGAAGGGGACGUUCGAGGGCGGCCUGAAGGGAGGAGUGAGGAUCGUCUACUCUCCAGAGGAGGCCCGUGACAUUUCGUCCCAGAUGAUUGGCCGAAAGCUCUACACCAAGCAGACCGGGGAGGCGGGACGUAUCUGCAACCAGGUGUUCAUCUGCGAGCGCAGGUAUCCACGUAGAGAGUACUACUUCGCCAUCACCAUGGAGAGGUCCUACCAGGGCCCCGUCCUGAUUGGCAGCUCGCAGGGGGGCGUGAACAUCGAAGACGUCGCUGCAGAAAAUCCAGACGCCAUUGUGAAGGAGCCCAUCGACAUCGUGGAGGGCAUCAAGAUGGAGCAGGCGGUCAAGGUCGCUAAGAAGAUGGGCUUCCCGCCGGCGCUGGUGAACGAGGCGGCGGAGAACAUGAUCAAACUGUACAACGUGUUCAUCAAGUACGACGCCUCCAUGGUCGAGAUCAACCCCAUGGUGGAGGACUCCUCUGGCAUUGUGAUGUGCAUGGACGCCAAGAUCAACUUCGACUCUAACGCCGCGUACCGCCAGCAGAAGGUGUUCGACCUGCAGGACUGGACCCAGGAGGACCCCCGGGACCGCCAGGCCGCCAGGGCCGACCUCAACUACAUCGGCCUGGACGGAACCAUCGGCUGCCUGGUGAACGGAGCGGGUCUGGCCAUGGCCACCAUGGACAUCAUCAAGCUGCAUGGCGGCACUCCGGCCAACUUCCUGGAUGUGGGAGGAGGAGCCACGGCCCACCAGGUGACCGAGGCGUUCAAACUCAUCACCUCUGACAGGAAGGUUCAGGCCAUCCUGGUCAACAUCUUCGGAGGCAUCAUGAGGUGUGAUGUCAUCGCCCAGGGCAUCAUCAUGGCCGUGAGAGACCUGGACCUCAAGAUCCCCAUCGUUGUGCGGUUACAAGGGACGAGAGUGGACGAUGCUAAAGCUCUGAUCGCUGCCAGCCCUCUGAAAAUCCUGGCCUGUGACGACCUGGACGAAGCCGCCAAAAUGGUUGUAAAGCUUUCUGAAAUCGUCUCACUGGCUAAAGAAGCUCAAGUGGACAUCACCUUCCAGCUGCCCAUCUAAGCAACCUGGACCUUUGGCCUCCAUGACCUCCUCACACCUUCUUCCUCCUCCUCCUCCUCCCAAGCACUUCCUCAGUCCCCUCCCCUGGACACACCCAUAGCGGCCCACCACUCCUCCUCCUCCCCCACAGCGGACAGCGAUGUAGUUGUGUGUUGGCGACUCUGUGGCGUGAUGGCACCACGCUGUACAGGUCUCCCUCCAUGUUUCCUCCAACUCAUGUUGCACUUGAGUCGAUACGCACAAACCUCCACCUUCAGACCUCCUCCUCCUCCUCCUCCUCGUCCUCCUCCUCCUCUUCCUCCACUCACCUCCACAGUCUCAGAGAGAGGCACCGGUCUGUUUACUUGGUACUUGUUGGGAUAAUCUCCUUAGAAAAAAUAAAAACAGAGCGGCUGAAGCUUGAUCCACAUUCAGGUGUUGCAGAAUCUGCGUUCAGUCACGUGUUCAGCGUGGUCAGUUGUGAGGCGGCGAGGCGGCAGGAAGCUGCUGUUACAUCACAACGAUCCCGUUAGCUUCUUACACACACAGGUAGUUUUGCAUGAGUGCCUCUUCAGUGUGUUUGUGUCUCUGAGCAGGAAUGUAAGAGAAUAAAGGAUGAACUCGUUC